AUGCACGAGGCAACUCGUGGUUUGGAAACUGUCCACGUAUAUAUGGAUGAUAUUUUGGUGGCUAGUUCUUCAGAGCAAGAGCACGCUCCACACUUACGAGCAGACUUCGAACGUCUUAGCCAGCACGGCGUCCCGAUCAAUAUCGCGAAAUACGAAUUCGGCCGGUCUGAUAUCACUUUCAUAGGGCAUUCUGUUUCAUCCUCGGGUAUUCGCCCUCUGUUAGAUAAAGUUUUCGCUAUUUGCGACUACCCUGAAUCCCAAUAUUUUCGCCAGUUGCGUCCUUUUGCCGGCCUGGUGAAUUUUUACCACCGAUUUAUUCCUCACUGUGCGGAAACAAUGCAACCCCUCACCGACCUGUUGAGCAAAGUUAAGCGGAAGUUCGUGUUUCCCGACACGGCACAAGUCGCAUUUGCCUCGGUCAAAGAUGCUGUCGCCAAAACAGCACUCCUUAACCACCACGACCCACUGGCUUCUAUUUCGGUAGUGACGGAUGCCUCGGACACAGCGGUUGGAGCAGUAUUGCAACAGUUCAUAGACGAUUCUUGGCAACCUUCAGCAUUCUUCUCCAAGCGCCUACAACCCGCCGAAUCUAGGUACAACACAUUUGGUAGGGAGUUAUUAGCCAUCUACUUGGGAAUCCGUCGUUUUUGA